UGUUGGCAUCAAUCGCUGGUAUAGGUCUUUCCAAACUCUAUCUCUCUCUCUAACGGAAAUACUUCACUUCUCAUCCUCCUCCUCCAAUAUAUUCUGUUGUAAUUUAUCUACUUCUUCUUCCCUUUUCUCCUUGUUUUGUUUACCUAAUUCAGUUGUUCCAAACUUGAUAUAACCAAACAAGCCUUGCCUUGCUCUCUCCAAUUAUAUAGAUCCUCCCUCACUUGAUUCUUCCUCUCUCUCUCUUUCUCUCUCUCUAGAUCUGUAUGUAUGUCUUUUAGGGUUUGUGGUUCAUUAAGUAACUGAUCUUAAUUAUUUUUUCUUACGCUUUUACGAUCAAGAUCAGUCUUAGUUAGCUGCAUAUACACCGUUUGUCAUCUGAAACCGUCUCUUUUAUCUAUAUACUAGAUAUUCAGUUUGUUCAUCUUUUUAUCUUAUCAUUUCAAUAGAGAGAUGUGUACUAGAGGUCACUGGAGGCCGGCAGAAGAUGAGAAACUUAGAGAACUCGUAGAACGGUAUGGUCCUCACAACUGGAACGCCAUCGCCGAAAAUCUACAAGGACGAUCAGGGAAAAGCUGCAGACUGAGAUGGUUUAAUCAGUUGGAUCCUACAAUUAAUCGAACUCCUUUUACGGAUGAGGAAGAAGAACGUCUUCUACAAUCUCAUAGGAUUCAUGGCAAUAGAUGGGCAGUUAUAGCUAGGCUAUUCCCAGGGCGUACUGACAACGCAGUAAAGAAUCACUGGCAUGUGAUAAUGGCAAGACGGUGCAGAGAGAGAUCAAGGUUCUAUGCAAAAAGAGCUGCUCAAAACUUGAUCAACGAAAGGAACAAAUACACAACUAGACAGACUAGCAUUAAUCCAAUGAUUAUAAUGAACAGCGAAUCGAGAAACCUGACUUCCUUAGAAGGGUAUUACAGAAGAUAUCAAAAUCAGAUGAUGAUGUUGCAUAAUACCACUUCUCGUAAUCAAAGUUUAAAACAUCUAUAUUAUCAAACUCCGACCGAUCCUAGGUCCAAAGCCCUAGAAGAUAAUAGUAACCAGAUUGAGUUUUACGAUUUUCUUUGCGUAAAUACUGAUUCAAAUCGAAGUGAAGUGAUAAAUAAUACUGCAAAAAACUAUAGAGACGAGGAAGAGGUGGAACAAGAAGUGAGAGACCAAGCAGCAACCUGCAGCGAAGUGGUACCAUUCAUAGAUUUCUUUUCAGUCGAAAGGCCUACUUGAUUCAUUGGCACUUCAGGAAUCUCUAAUAUAUUAGAUACACAUGAAUGAUAUAUACAUAUAUAUGUAGAUAAUGAAGCUCUCUGAUCGGAACAAAUAUUACGAACGGAUUGCCAAAAAGAAAAACCUAACUAGUUAUUUGCUAGAACUUUUAGAUGUUGUAUGUAGCUGCUCCAUUAGAGAGAACAGAGAGGGAGAGAGAGCUAAUUGUAUUUAUAUCAUUAUGUGUAAGAUUGAUGGCCUGGUUCGUAUAUGCAGGCCGGCGUGGUUGGCAAUUAUGAAUCCAAACAUAACUACACAAUAUAUUUCUACUGGUCUAAUGGCUAGGGGCUUAUGUCAGAUGUGAUGGUCGGGAAUUCUUCCAUACAUUUUUGUAUGGAAAAACACUGCAAUUAUCAUUUUUGUAUGGAAAAACAACUGCAAUUA